GGACCGGGCCGGAGCCGGCGGGAGGGCCAGGUCCGGAGGCCCCCACCCUGGCCUGCCCGCCGCGGCCGCGGCUGAGGAGGAGGAGGAUGAUCUCCAGAUACACCAGGAAGGCCUUGCCACACAGCUUGGAGCAGAAAGGAAUAACAAAACAUGCUCUUAAUCAUCAUCCACUUCCAGAGAAGAUUUGUGAAAUUUCCUCUACCUGUGAUAGCCAUGAAAAAGAUACAAGUUCCCAAAGUGAGUCUGACAUCACACGAGAGUCACCUUUUACAUCAGCCAACACUGAGAAUUCAGAGUCUGCUUUUCCAAGUUAUACAGGCACAGGCAUCUCUACUGAAGGCAGCUUGGACUUCUCCUGGGGAUAUGGUGAACUUGAUCAAAAUGCCACUGAAAAAGUCCAAGCAAUGUUCACAGCCAUUGAUGAGCUCUUGUAUGAGCAGAAGUUGAGUGUGCGUACAAAGAGUCUGCAAGAAGAGUGCCAACAAUGGACAUCUAGCUUUCCUCACCUCAGGAUUCUGGGUAGGCAGAUAAUCACUCCAUGUGAAGGUUAUGGAUUGUAUCCUAGAUCUCCUUCUACUGUGUCAUCUUCACAUGAAGCAGCCUUGUCUCAAGAAAGAGAUUCUACUACACUUGGUAUAAGGGGAAAGAAGGUACAUUUCUCAUCUUCUUAUACUCAUAAAGCAUCUUCCAUUGACAAAUCCUGUCGUUUUUGUUCCAUGGAAAGAGAAGAGGAAGAUUGUAUAAUCUCAGAAGGAAUAAUCGAGGAAUACCUAGCAUUUGAUCACACAGAUAUAGAAGAGGGAUUUCAUGGAAAGAAAUCAGAAGCAGCUACAGAGAAACAGAAAUUAGGGUAUCCUCCUAUUGCUCCAUUUUACUGCAUGAAAGAGGAUGUCCUUGCUUAUGUGUUUGAUAACGUGUGGAGCACAGUUGUGGGCUGUAUGGAGCAGUUGACACAUAGUCACUGGGAAGGAUUUGCUUCUGAUGAUGAGAGUAAUGUUGCGAUCACCAGACCAGAUUUUGAGAGUCCCUGUGUGCUGAGUGAACCACAACCUUUGGUGUUACCACGAGUGCCACAGUCUAAGGUGAGUCUCUGUCAAGCAAGUGAUCAUCAGCCAAAUGUGAAUGGUCUCUUGGUUCAUGGGAUGCCUCUACAGCCAAGAAAUCUCUCCCUAAUGGACAAGCUCCUAGAUCUUGAUGACAAGCUACUUAUGAGGCCUCGGUCCAGUACCAUCCUUUCAACCCGAAAUUGGCCAAAUCGACCUCUAGAGCUUAGUACAUCAUCUAUGUCAUAUACAGUGCAGUCCGCCAGGAGACGCAACCCCCCACCACGUACCCUUCAUCCGAUCAGCACAAGCCAUUCACGCUCUGGAACGCCAAGACCAGUGGAAGAAAUCCUCAGAGGAUCCCGAGUCCUGGUGACUGCCGACUUGCUCUCCUCUCCCUCACCAAUGCCCCUGAGUCGAAAUAAUCUGCUGCCACCUAUUGGCACAGCUGAAGUGGAACAUCUGAGCACUGUGGGGCCACAAAGGCAAAUGAAACUCCAUGGGGAUUCUAGUCGAGCUCGAAGUGCGGUAGUAGAUGAGCCUAACCAUCAGCAGCCCCAAGAGAGGCUCCUUUUACCUGACUUCUUCUCUAGGCCCAACACAACUCAGUCAUUUUUGAUACGCAGUAUCGUCAUUCACGCACAGUUGAGUAUCCUCAUCAGGCCCGACCUGGCAGGGGAUCUGCAGGUCCUCAGUUACAUGGGUCUACAAAAUCUCAAAGCAGAGGUGGACCAGUCUCUAGAAGCAGGCAGGGACCAUAGGGCAAAUGAAAAGAACCUAUCAGGCUACAGGAAACACAUGGGAAGACUUCAGGAAUCAGUGUUCAGACAUCAAGUGAUGCAAAGCUUAUAUGCAAGAUCAACUUGAAACCAUCUUCAUGAAGAGUUAUUUGGUUAAACUGACUGAAGAAAACACAACAGAGUAUCUGCCAAAGAUUACAUGGGUACUGUUUCUCUCUUCAGCUACUGUCUUCUUUGAGCAAAAGUUAACCUAUUCCAUUGGAAAGUAAAGUUGUAUACCCAAAGAUGUAACAAUGAAUAAUUACCCACAAAUCACUGCUCAUGUUGUCUGUUAACAAUGAUCAGUUCAAUAAUUACAGAAUUUGAUGAGAUUACAUGUACACAAAAAGCAGCAAAUGAUUGUUUGAUAACAGUAUCAUUGGCUUCAGAAUACGCCAGCUUUUAUUUCUGUGGAGUUGUAUCAGUUUUAAGUCAUUUUUAGGAGAUAGUGCUGUGAAAAAUCUGAGUUAUUCAUCAAAUAGAUAUUAUUCCUAAAGCUUACUCUUUUUUUUUUUUUUUCCUUUUUGUCUUUUUCCGUGUCCGG